AUGGCGGCUGGAAUAGCAAGAUGUGGAACGUUCGAGGUUUAUAUUCGGCAGCAGUGGUGUGGCGUGAACGUGACUCUCAACGAAGAUUCACUGACACUGUCUCUCACCGAAAAUCCCGAACAAUCAAACGCACUAAAUGGUACAACCGAUAGUCAACAGGGACUUGCAAACGGCAGCCCCGAAAUGCCAGAAAACAUAGCGGGCCAAAAACGAAGUGUCAAAGUUGUAAAAGAGGAUCAGAAUGGAUUGGGUAUUAGUAUCAAAGGUGGGAAAGAAAACAAGAUGCCGAUUUUAAUAAGUAAAAUAUUUAAAGGAAUGGCAGCUGAUAAAACUGAGAAACUUUACGUGGGAGAUGCCAUUCUGUCGGUGAAUGGUGAAGACCUAAGGGAGGCAACUCAUGAUGAAGCUGUCAGAGCAUUGAAACGAGCAGGGAGAAUUGUGGAAAUGGAGGUGAAAUAUCUAAGGGAAGUAACUCCAUACUUUAAGAAAUCGUCUCCCCUGAAUGAACUAGGAUGGGGAGCUCAGGAAGCUCCUAAAGACAGCUAUAGAGCCAACUGGGCAGAGUCCAAGACAAUCCCUCUAAAACAGUGUUACCUCUGUCGCAAUCUUAACAUGGUCGAUGCAGAAAAAAGAAUUUUAGAACUUCAUUCACCCGACGGAAAAAGUUCUUGUAUUCUGCGAUUUCCCGACCCGUUAACCGCGAGCGACUGGUUUAAUGCAAUACACUCAAACGUCACUGUCCUCACGCAGCAAGCGAUCGAGGAUGCUAACCUCAUCAUGAGUACAGCGCCAAAUCAAGGGGAGAUAAAACAUAUGGGCUGGUUGUCCGAACAAUUAGCGAAUGAACAAGGGACGGGUAGCUUCAGCUGGAAACCGGUGUUUAUUGCUCUCACCGACAAAGACAUGCUACUAUACGACACCGCGCCCUGGAGCAAGGAAGAGUGGGCCACACCAUUCCAGAGUCAUCCACUUCUUGCUACCAGACUUGUCCAUUCUGGUCGUCAAAAUAACCGCACAUCAGGGGCAGACAUUCUAACGUUUGGAACGCGUUCUGGAACACGGAACGGUGUCGAGACGCAUAUUUUUCGUGUGGAAACACAGCGAGAUCUGGCGUACUGGUCUCGAUCUCUGGUCCAGGGGGCGCAUGGUGCUGCCAGUCUUGUCAAAGAAGUCUCUUCACCUGUGAUCUGGCAAGGUAAAAAAUGCAAACUGAUUCUGCACUGUGAUAGUGGGUUCGUGUUGCUGGAGGAGAAACCUGCGGAGGAGAGUGCGGAGACGCAGGUUCUGUGGUCGCACACCCUUGACCAGCUGCGCAUGUCGGCUGAUGACGGCCACCGAUUGUUGUGGCUCGACUUUGGUUCUGAUGGAGAACAGGAACUCGACCUGAACACUUGCCCGAAGCCGCUGGUAUUCGUCCUUCACACGUUCCUCUCUGCCAAAGUUAGUCAGCUGGGCCUUAUAGCUUAGAGAUGGCAGAUCUCCGAGCAUUACCACGAAAUUGCCAAACAAUAACCACAGUCAGCCUGACUGGAACUUGUCUUUCCAUGAUGUAUAAGCCAAACAACAAUCAGUCACCAAAUUAGACCCAGCUUGCCUUUAAAAUACUGUCUGUGGCAUAAUGAAUCAGUAAGGAUGUUCUUAGGCAGUAUUAGGUUAUAUGUAUUUGUUAAAAAAAUCAAGUCAUUAUAUAGUUUGUCACAAAUUCAGCUUAUGUUCGCUAAUUACAAAAUGAAUAGACAGUAACAUUUACCAGAUUUUUUAUCAUCGGUUUAUCCCAACAACAUGGGGCGGUAUUUCCUCAAACUUUGGGCUUUGUUUCCCCAGCAUCAUUGUGAUGUGUUUCCAAACAAGGGGCUGUAUUUUCCAACAUCAUGGGUACAUGUUUUCUUAAAACAACAAUAGGAUGUGUUUCUGGACAACAUGAGGUGGUAUUUGCCAACAAUAUGUGUCUGUGUUUUCCAUUAAUUUGAAGAUGGGUUUUUUUCUAACAACGUGUGUGUUUUCCAAUAAUUUGAAAGGUUUUCUUUUUCUAACAAUGUGAGUCUGUGUUUUCCAAUAAUUUCCAGCUGCAUUUACCAACAACAUAGGUCUGUAUUUCCUCAUAAUUUGGGGCAUUAUUUACGAAUGACGUGGGGCUGUUUUUCCCAAUAAUGUGAGGCUAUAUUUACCAAGAACAUGGUAUUUCGUAGUAAUUUGAGUCGGUAUUUACCAACAACUUGGAUCUGUAUUCGCAUAACAUAUGGAGCUAUUUUGCAAAGAACAUUGUUAGCAGACGUCGGGCUGUAUUUCCCUACAGUGUGAGGUUGUACAGUGAAACCCUUCUAAACCGGACACCCUCGGGACCAAGUAAAAUGUCCAGUUUCAAGAGGUUUAGAGAGGUUAAUUUCUGUACCGAGGUUUUAAAAAGGACAGUGAAAAAUGUCCGGUUUACAGAGGGUCCAGUUUUGAGAGGUUUCACGGUACAUGUAUUUCAGUUCAAUAUGAGGUUGUACAUGUAUUUCAGUUCAGUAUGAGGUUGUACAUGUAUUUCAGUUCAGUAUGAGGUUGUACAUGUAUUUCAGUUCAGUAUGGGGUUGUACAUGUAUUUCAGUUCAGUAUGGGGUAUGUAUUUUAUAACAUGAACUAAUACAUGUGAUGUCCAUUAGAUAGGACUAGUCCAAUUCUAAAAAUAAGAAUACUACCUCACUGGAAAAGAAUAUUCUAAUUUUUUGGUCCAUAUAAUGAACAGUUGUGUAGUGCACAGUAUUACUGCUGAAGAUGCUGCCACAGAUGUUCAACAGUAUAUAUUGCUGGUUUAAAAGUUAUCUACUUGUUCUUGAAUCAAGGGUCACACUGGAACGAAAUUUAUUUUGUCCAAUUUUCGGAUAUGUAAGUUAUUUGUUUGAAAAUAAAUAAAAAGUGGCUAAUUUAAACAACUUUUUUUUUUAGCCAGAUACUAAAUGUUGUAGCCACUUUGCCAAAUUAGCCAAUUGCUAAUUUUUAUACAAUGUACAGGGUGAGCCCAGAUUAAUUAUAUGUCUGGCAUUUGAGGAAUCUUUUUAAAUAAUUAAGACCUGAUUUAUAAUAUAUAUCAUUGGAAAAUAAUUCAGGUUUUACAUCCUUUGAAAAACUGAAACAAAUGAUAGUUUCUCCUGAAACACAGAAAUAACUUGUAACUAUUAAGAAAAGUUAAAAUUGGUUUUGUUUAACGACGUCACUAGACCACAUUAAUUUAUUAAUCAUCGGCUAUUGCAUGUCAAACAUUUGGUAAAUUUGACAUAGUCUCAGAGAAGAAAUCAGAUAAAUUUUUCCAUGAGUAGCUAAGGAUCUGUUAUUUGCACUUUCCCACAGACAGGGCAGCACAUACCACUUUUUUGAUAUACCAGUCAUGGUACACUGGUUGGGAUGGAGGGGGGGGGGGUCCACUGAUUUGAUACUACAACGCAAGCACCUCAGGCUAGUGCUGUACCAACUGAGGGAGAUCCUGCCACAACUUAUAACUGUAGUCUAAAGAUUGUUAAUCUUAUAUGUCAUGUAUGGUAAAUAUAAAAUUAGUCACCAUAAUAACAGUGGAAAUGUUUAUUCUUUAAAUACCUAUUAAUGUACUGGUAUAUAUUAAGCUUCUAUUGUAAACGAAAAGCAUAGUUGGAAAAAUAUAUCCAGUCAAAAUAUUAUGUUGUAGACUUAGUUAUACAGUUUUUGGUAAUGUAUGAUGUUGAAAUAAUUAAAAUGCAUGUAGAUCUACAUAAAUAGCUGGAAUUGUAAAGGGUAUUUAACAGCAGUAUGUUUUUACUUAACAAAUUGCUGUUCGAGUUUUGCUAUGGCACUUAUUUUCAAACCUUUUUCUAAUUCAGUGUUUGCAAUGUAUUGUACAAAAGGUUUAUAUAAUUAUGUUUAUUUAUUUUGUGUGCACGUCUGUUUAAAGAUUCUAGUCAAAAUGUUGAACUUGCGAGUACAGACUUUUUUUAUGUGUUUGUGGUCUUUCCAUUGUUGAUGUUGUGUUUUUUUAACAGCCAAUCAUGUGGCCUUUUGCAUUCAUUGUGUUGUGCUUUUUGACAGCCAGUCACAGCUUUCAGUAUAUUGGUCAACAUCCAAUCAUUUUCUUUGUAUGAUAGCAGUCUUUGUGCGUGUUCAUGAUCAUAGAUUUCAUUAUUUGUAAACAUAAUGGGCUGAAUUUGCAAAGCCUGUUUUUCUUAAAUGCAGGUGUUUUAAGCAUUGCAAAUGUAUGGAGUUACAUGUGUAUAAUAAGCCUGUUUUUCUUUAAUGCAGGUGUUUUAAGCAUUGUAAAUGUAUGGAGUUACAU